AUGAGUGAAGCGCCGGAGCAGUUUCCUGACGUGUCUCAGAAGCUCAACGCCGCCAAAAAGCUAUCCGCAUUUGAGAAGGAGAAGCAGGCGCAAGAAGAGAAGAGGAGACGCGAAAAGGCAGAAACCGAUGCGGCGCUAAAGCAGUUUGAAGAUGAAUUCGGCGCCAGCGGCGAUGUAGACGACCAGUUCGACGGGUUCCCCGCUUCUGUUACUCCUCGAGGACCUGGGGCGGAAUAUGGCGGACCUCCCUCUGGCCCUCGAAGGGCGGGUCCCGGUACAUUGGGACCAAUCCCAGGGCCACCUCCGCCAAGUCUGAAGAGGAAGCGAGCGUUGGAUGAACUGCGAGAGCAACAGGAAGCACGUCGAGAGCAGCAGGCAUUGGCGAAUGAACACAUCAAUUCUGGGCUGUCAAGGCACGAGCAGCACGGUGGACGCCGAGAGGCGCAGGAGGAUGAUCCAGAGGAUGUCGCUCCCAGACCGACGAUCCAACUCUCCUCUCUACCACCUGCUACUACCGCUGAUGAUGUCAAAAUGUUGUUGCGAAAUCAUCUAGAGGUCCACUCUGUACACUUUCAGCAACCCACAGGACCUGCAUCCACCAGCAGAAAAUCGUUGACAGCUAUAGCUACCCUGUCGUCUGAAACAUCAACAUCACAGAUUGACACAGUGGUAAGCACGCUCAAAGACAAGUACCUUGGUUUCGGUUUCCAUCUAUCCCUUUCUCGCCAUCUCUCUUCAACAGCGCUGCUCCCUACGUUAUUGGUUGGUCCCAAUGCAACAUCCGGGGAGCCUUUUGGCGCCGAGAAGGCCGUCAAGGAUGCUCCGUCGCGGAUGAACAUGCGUAAUGCGCCACCGCCGGGCCAAUUCGCUCCACCCGACUCGUACGAAGCGACCAAUCGCGCAAUGCAGCCUUCAAUAAACUCAACUGUGGUGGUCCAUCCGCCUCAAGAUAUCAAGACGGCCAGAGCAAUACACACCAUCGCUGACCGAUUAUUGAGUGAGCCCGAUUCCGAACGCGCUCUAGAAUUGGAAGCAAUGCUCAUGGCCCUCCCGGAGGUGCAAGAGGACGAGCGCUUCUCAUUCUUGUAUGAUUCGAAAAGCACUGCAGGUGUCUACUAUCGAUAUCUCUUAUGGAAUGACACCGAUACCACGGAAUCGAGUCGACAGCCUCGCACAGAGCGCAUGCACGACGAUGUUCUCAUUGAUUGGACUCCACCCGAUCGCGAGCUGCCCUUUGCGGACCUGUCCAAGCUCGGUGAGGCGCUCGACCAUCGGGACUACGAAUCAAGUGAGGAGGAUAGUGAAGACGGCGAGUCGCGGACGUUCAACCACGGGCGCAGGGACGCCGAUGGUAUGCCACAACCUCUUGGCAAAAAGCGCCUUACGCCGCUCCAGCUCGCCAAGUUUGCAUGGUUUCUGUCGCGGAUGCCAUCGUCGCAAGCGAAACUUCGAAUUUCCGAGGUCUCAGAUGUCACAAACUUUGCCAUCAACAAUGCUGGAGCAGGCGCCGAGGAGAUUGUUGACAUGCUUGUCUUGAAUGUCGAAAGACCGUUCACCAACACGCAAUGUGCAAAGUACGAAGACGAAGAUGUCUCGCAGGACGAGGAUGAUGUCUACGAACCGGAUGUUGAGCUUCCAACUGUUGAAACGACUGCUUUAUCGAACGAUGCAGGUAUGCAAACCGGAAAGAAAGAAGUUGAAGAUCCCUCGCAGGCAAAACUGGUCGCGCUGUACCUCAUCAACGACAUUCUCCACAACUCUUCCACGGCUGGCGUGCGUAAUGCGUGGAAAUACAGWCAGCUCUUCGAGAACGCAUUUCGUCGGCAAAAGACCUUUGAGCAUCUUGGUCGACUGGAAAAGGAAUUGAGCUGGGGUCGCAUGAAAUCCGAGCAAUGGAGGAACAGAAUCCGGGCUCUGUUUGAGAUUUGGGAGAACGGUAGCGUGUUUGCGACAGWUGUGUUCGAGGCACUCAAGAAAGACUUCUUCGAGCAGCCAACUGGAGGAGAUGAGGUCGUUGAUCGGGAUGCAGCGAAACCAAAAGCUGGAAUCGAUAUGGGGAGGUUCAAGCGAAUCGGUGACAGUGGAUCGCCGGCUGCUUCUGCGUCACCUGUUGUUGUACCUGCUGCAAAACCCGAGCUUCUCGACACUCCCUCGACAGAAGUCCUUGAUGCAACUAGAGAUGGCUUUGGAGUUGCACCGAUGUCUCUGGACAGCUCUUAUGACCAGCCUAAACAAGAUCUGGAUCGCAUGCAAGUCGACGAGGAGCAGAGCAAGCAGUCCGGGCAUACGAGCACACCUGUUCAAGUCGAAGAGGCACCCGCGAAGCCCAGCUUCUCUCUUAAAGCUUCCAGCGCUGUCAAACCGCAAGUGUUGCCCGAGCCAAGGCGUAGGAAGCAGGCGGAGGACAUGUUUGCCGAUAGCGAUGAGGAGUGA